GCCAGAGGACAACCUCGGAUGUGAGCUGAGCACGAGGUGAACCCAGUGGGUCAGGAAUGGAUAACUUGACCACGUCUGCCGGCGGGAAGAACUCUUGCACUUUCCACGAGGAGUUCAAGCAGAUCCUGCUGCCGCUGGUCUACUCCGUGGUCUUUGUGGUGGGCCUGCCCUUGAACGCCAUCGUGAUCGUCCAGAUCUGGCUAGCCCGGAAGGUGCUGACCCGCACCACCAUCUACAUGCUGAACCUGGCGGUGGCCGACUUCCUCUACAUCUGCUCCCUGCCGCUCCUCAUCUACAACUACUCCCAGAAGGACUACUGGCCCUUCGGCGACUUCACCUGCCGCUUCGUGCGCUUCCAGUUCUACACCAACCUGCACGGCAGCAUCCUCUUCCUGACCUGCAUCAGCAUCCAGCGCUACCUGGGCAUCUGCCACCCGCUCUCCACCUGGCACAAGAAGAGGGGCAAGGGGUUCACCUGGGCGGUGUGCGGGGUCGUCUGGUUCCUCGUCGUCGCCCAGUGCCUGCCCACCUUCGUCUUCGCCUCCACCGGCACCCAGAGGAACCGGACCGUCUGCUACGACCUCAGCCCCCCGGACCGCUCCGCCGGCUACUUCCCGUACGGCCUCACCCUGACGGUGACGGGGUUCCUGAUCCCCUUUGUCCUCGUCGUGGGGUGCUACUGCGGCAUGACCCGGAUCCUCUGCCAGAAGGACGAGCUGAUUGGCUUGGCCGUCCGCAAGAAGAAAGACAAGGCGAUCCGGAUGAUCAUCAUCGUCGUCCUGGUCUUCGCCAUCAGCUUCUUCCCUUUCCACCUCACCAAGAGCAUCUACCUGAUCAUCCGCUCCAAGUCGGGCGUGCCCUGCGCCACCCUCCAGGCCUUCGCCAUCACCUACAAGUGCACCCGGCCGUUUGCGAGCAUGAACAGCGUCCUGGACCCGAUCCUCUUCUACUUCACCCAGUGCAAGUUCCGGGAGAGCACCAGGCACCUGCUGGACAAAGUCAGCUCGAAAUGGAAACACAACUCAUGA